AUGAAAGUGAUGAGUUUAGAUGUGAAACCAGCUACCAACAACAGCUUAGCUUAUGAUGAAAAUCAUAGUGAUGCUGCGGUUAAAGAAAAUUCAUCUGAAUCAACGAAUGACAAGGACGCGGUGAACGAUACAACGAAUGAUGUACAGCCAUCGAUGUUGCAAAAACAAACAUCAAUAAAUAAAGAACAACAGAAUAACAACGAUAAUAGUAAUAGUACAAAGGAACCACUGGACGAAAUAGCACAAUAUUAUCAUGAUUACAAUAUAAGAGUUGAAAAUGGGGACAAUAUCAAACCAUGUUUUGAGUUUUCUGAUACAAAUUUUCCAGAAGAAAUAUUAAAAGUAUUUGAAGAAAAUGAAUAUGAACUACCAACACCCAUUCAAUCUGUAGCUUGGCCCGUUUUACAACAAGGACGUGACAUUGUGGGAAUUGCAAGCACAGGAUCUGGGAAAACGCUAGGAUUUAUUAUUCCAAUGUUGUUACAUGUUCGCAAGCAACCUCCAUUGCAACCGGACGAUGGGCCGUUGGCCAUCGUACUUGCCCCCACACGCGAAUUAGUUCAACAAAUUCAUCAAGUAUCAAAAUCAUAUUUUGAUUUAUUCAAUAUUAAAUCAUCAUGUAUUAUUGGUGGAGAUGAAAGAGAAAAACAAAUAUCAGAAAUUGGUGAAGGCCGCGAAGUUUAUAUUUGUACACCAGGACGAUUAUUGGAUUUUCUUGAAAAUCGUAUAACAACAUUAUAUCGGGUUACCUAUAUUGUAUUAGAUGAAGCCGAUAAAAUGUUUGAUUUGGGCUUUGAACCACAAGUUCGACAAAUAUUAAACGAUUUUAAAUCAACAAAUGGUGAUGGACAAACUCGACAAAUGUGUAUGUUUUCUGCUACAUGGCCUAAAACAAUUAAAGGUUUAGCUGAAGAUUAUCUAAAAGAUUAUGUUCAUGUCACAAUUGGUUGUUUGACAGAGUACAGUGUGAAUUUAAAUAUUCAACAAAUCGUACAAAUAUGUAAUGAACAACAAAAACGACAACAAUUAUUUAAUACAUUGAGAGAUAUUAGUCAAGAAGAAGAACAUAAAUGUAUUAUAUUUGUUAGAACAAGAGAAAAAGUUAAUAGAUUAAAUAAAGAGUUAGAACAGCAAGGGUAUAAAGCGCUAUUACUACAUGGUUCAAAGUCACAACAAGUUAGAAAUGAAGUAUUUAAAGAGUUUCGUGAGACGCAAAAUGCAUUAUUAUUAGCCACUGAUGUAGCAUCACGUGGUUUAGAUGUUGACGAUGUUCGAUUUGUUAUUAAUUAUGAUUAUCCAAAUACAGACGAUGUUUACAUUCAUCGUAUUGGAAGGACUGGAAGAAGUAAUAAUUUUGGUACAGCUUUUACAUUUUUUCAACGAGAAGAUGGAAAACAUGCAUGUGCAUUAAUAAAAAUGUUAGACGAAGCAGGACAAACAGUUCAUCCAGUUCUGUUACAAAUUGGAAGACAAAAUGGUUAUAAUCAAUGGGUUCAAAAUGUCAAAGUGCCACAGUAUCAACCACACUCAAGAAUGAAUGAUUCGACUGAUUAUAAUCAAGAUCAAUACGACAAUAAUAGUUUUAGUAAUCGACGACGAAGUGGUCCACCACCAUCACUAAUGGAACUUUUUCCUAACGGUAAUGGGCAGGGAGGCCCCAAUCGGUACCCAAGAAAUAAUCAAAAUGUGAACUCGACCGCUACAGAUGAACAUAGUCAAAUGAGCGCAUCACAAACUCCCGCUGUUCUGCCACCAGCCUUAAUGUCAAUCGAUUUUAGUAAUUUUGAUCCAAGUGUCAUUAAACCUCUUGUUGAUGAACAGACACCUACAUUGAUAACAAAUACUAAUAGUAUGUCAAAUUUGACAAAUGAACUAGAUCGUAUGGCAUCAUCGAAUUAUAAUGAUGGACCGAAUAAUAAUAUGGGUGGUAGUGGUGGUGGAUUUAAUAACGAUCGAGGUGGCCGUGGUAGUUUUAGUCGGAGUAAUCGGGGAAACGAUGAGAGAAAUCGAGGGGGGAGGGGUGGUGGACAAAAGCGUGGAGGUGGUAGACCAGAGCGACAAACGUCAAGUUCUGAUUGGAACAAUCAACAAGAUCAAACGCGCAAACGUCGUUGGGACGGUGGUCAACAAAAUCAACAACAGUCACCACAGAACCAAAAUAAUCAAAUUACAAAUUAUCAAAUGGCACAAAAUUCACAAUGGCCAAAAGAUACAAAUUCACAGCAGCAAUCACAAUCAAAUAAUCAAUGGUCACAACAGCAACAAACACAACAAACGACACAGGAAAAUCCAGGGCUUGUUUAUGCGAGAGCAUCCCAAGAAUAUGCACAACAAUAUCAGCAGUAUACUACAGCAUUAAAUCAGGCUAUGGUAGCACAACAACAGGGUCAACCAAUUUCGUCCCAGCAACAACAAUAUUUAAUCAAUUUUCAGCAGCAAUUACAAACAAAACAGCAGAGUCUUCAGCAAUUACAACUUGCAGCUGCUCAGCAUGCUGCGUUGGCGAAUACAGUAGCUAAUCCAUAUCAAAAUCAAUCGUAUCCAUACGCACAAAUGGCGAACGCUUGGCAACAACAACAACAGCAACAACAACAGACACCCAGUGCAGUUCCACCACCACUACCGCCUUCAGAUUCAAAACAAUCAACUACUAGUACAUCUGCUGUAACCAAUCCAUAUGAUACAUCGGCAUGGAUGCAACAGUGGCUACAAGCAGGAUAUGGACCAGAACAAAUUCAACAGUAUCAACAAUGGUAUGCAUCUCAAAUGCAACAACAAAAUCCGGCAGCAGCUGCUCAACAACAGCAGACAACAGGAAAAGUUGAGCCAUCAUUACAAUCAUACGGCAUUGUGGCUCCAUCAACAAAUUAUAUGACUUCGACCGGUGCAACACCGUCGACACAAGGAUAUUCACAAACUGGUGGUCAAACUGGAACUAGUUAUUCACAACAGGCAGCAGCAUUUGCUGCAUACAACGGUCGAACAACAUAA